AUGGCCACCACCCCAGAAGCAGUGACCGGUCUGAGGAAAACCACCCAGACUGUAGUCUGGCUGGCCGUGGUGACCUGCUCCUGUGUGUUCUCUGCUCUGCUGGGCCCGGGCGUGUCCGCUGGAGAGACCUGGGGCAUGGUCUCCAUCUGUCCCUUCCACUGUGUGUGCCGAAACCUCUCAGAGUCUCUGAGCACGCUCUGUGUCAACAAGGGCCUGCUGUUCGUCCCUCCUGACAUUGACCGGCGCACAGUGGAGCUCCGUCUGGCUGACAACUUCAUCCUGGAGGUGGGCAGAGUGGACUUUGCCAACAUGUCAGGCCUGGUAGAGCUAACUCUGUCCAGGAACACCAUCCAUGCCCUGAAACCUCUGGCCUUUGCUGACCUUGAGAGCCUGCGUUCACUCCACCUGGACACCAACCGGCUGACCGUGGUGGGGCCAAAAGACCUGUCCGGCCUGACUAACUUGCAGCACCUCAUCAUCAACAACAACCAGCUGACCAACGUCUCCACCGAGGCAUUUGAUGACUUCCUGCAGACGCUGGAGGAUCUGGACCUGUCCUACAACAACCUGAGGAAGGUCCCCUGGGAGGCCAUCCAGAACAUGGCCAGCCUGCACACUCUCAACCUGGACCACAACCUCCUGGACCACAUCGCCGAGGGAUCCUUCGGAGAACUCUACAAGCUGGCUCGUCUCGACAUGACGUCCAACCGGCUGCAGACUCUGCCCCCUGACCCCCUGUUCUCCCGCUCCCAGACAGGCGUGGUCAGCCCCACCCCCUACAACGCUGUCAUCAGCCUGAGCUUCGGUGGGAACCCCCUGCACUGUAACUGUGAGCUGCUGUGGCUGAGGCGGCUGAUCCGCGGGGACGACAUGGAGACGUGCGCCACUCCCGUCCACCUGGCUGGGCGCUACUUCUGGUCCAUUCCAGAAGAGGAGUUCACCUGUGAGCCUCCGCUCAUCACACGCCACUCCAACAAGCUGUGGGUGCUGGAGGGCCAGAGGGCCACGCUGAGGUGCCGUGCCAUUGGAGACCCAGAGCCAAUCAUCCACUGGAUCUCCCCAGACGACCGCAUCGUAGCCAACUCCAGCCGUGUGCACUCCUACUACAACGGAACCCUGGACGUGCUAGUGACCCGUGCCCGGGACGAUGGGGCCUACACCUGCAUUGCCAUCAAUGCUGCCGGGGAGGCUACGGCCCUGAUAGACCUGAAGAUCAUCCCCCUCCCUCACCGUGGCAACAACACUGUCCCCCUAACCAGCCCCCGAGGGGACCCUGGGUCAUCAGAUAUCUCCAGUGGGAGAAGAGGGGCAGGCCGGAACAGGAAGGGUGAUGGAGGGGUGGUGACUGUCAAGAAUGCCACAGAAGGGGAGAGUGGAGAUGGAGAUGCCAGUGAGCAUUUGGUGGGGGUCCUGGGAGCGACUGCCACCUCUGCCCAGGUGCGCUGGGUCCUGGGCCGGGCCACUGGGCCGUACCUGGUGUGGAUGUACCAGAUCCAGUACAACUGCACUGCAGACGACGCCCUGGUGUACAGGAUUCUGCCUCCAACAAGCAACGCUUUCCUGCUAAAGAACCUUGUGUCUGGAGCCGACUACAGCCUUUGUGUCCUGGCCAUCUUUGACGACGGGCUGUCCACCCUGGCCACCACCAAGGUCCUGGGCUGCACCCAGUUCAGCACCAAGGAGGACUUCCCAGAGUGCCGUUCCCUGCAGGCGCACUUCCUGGGCGGCACACUGACAAUCAUGGUGGGCGGGGUCAUCGUGGUGAUGCUGCUGGUGUUCACCGUGGCGAUGAUGGUGAGGCACCGCGUCUGUGGAGACUGCAGAGACGAGGGUCACUACCCUGCCCAUCACCAUGACAACUUCCUGCCCUCCAAGGGAGAAGUGGACGUUUACGCUCAGACCAAUGGGAACGGGAGAGUGAUGAUGGUGGCUCUGCCCAAAGGCAUUCUUGGCCAAAAGGCUAAGCCCCUGCCAUCGAAAACCAAACCCCAAGCCAAGAACAAGCCCAGGACAACGCUUGACUCUGAUCAGCUCAGUGGAGAGAGAAAGGCUGAGGAGCUGGGCGUGAGGGGGAAAAGAUUCCCCCCUUUCACCCCUGAGAGUGAGAGAGUGACACUGUACUACUCCCCUGCCAACACCUCCCAGACCUUACCCCAUCCCAGAGCUCACAAGGCCCGGAGACACUCAGGCAAGCUCAAGCUGCGCCGCUCUGAGGAGAGGGAGAAAGACUUGGACAAAAUGGUGGGCUCCAGAUGCAGCCUGGACUCUGGGGCCCAAGGGGAGGAGGGGCGGUUGGAUGACUGGAGGGGCGAUCGUCCGCCACUCGGGAGGACACGCAGCUGCUCCUUUGAUGUGGGCGAGAUCGCCACAACAACCUGCUACAGCUAUGCCAAGCGACUGAGUGUGAUAUGGACCAGGAGGAGCCAGUCGGUGCACGGCAUGCUGGUCCAGUGCGCCUCAACGGCCAGUUCAGCGAGCAGCAUGGGCAGCGACCAACAGCCCCCUGCCCUCACACAUGGCUACCUGCACGCCUUCAACACCUCCAACUCUAACUCUAACACCAGAGUGGCUGCCAAAGCUGGAGACCUGGAGGAGAGUGUUGUGUAG